AUGAGUUGUAACGAUCUAGAAACUGGUGAAGUUAGGUUUUCAGAGAAUGUGGAUGGAUCUAAGCCGCAAACCCCCAAACGGUACACAAAUAAGGGGUGGUCUACACAUUCCAACUUUGUUAGGUUUAGUGCCUCUGAAGUUGGUAUAUUUGGCCACUCCUUCAAGGCUCCAACUGAGUUCAAGCACUUGUCUAAAGCUAACAUCCUGGAGGAGAAAUUGCUAGAGUGUAUUGAUGAUAUCUACUCUGAAAAUGGAUCCAAUAAAAUUAAGAAGAGCGGUAUUAUGAAUCUAGCCAUUUCAACUGAAAUGUCAUAUUUCCCGCUAAAAUACAGAAAUCAAGCCCUGGAACGAUUUUACGCACUGAAUCUGAGUGAUUGGAUUGUCAGCAAAUUGUCUUUUUUAUCUAUUAUAAUGUUUGUUUUAACUGCAAUAUUAUGGCCAAUGAGCAUUCGUACAUUUAACCUGACUGGUUUGUUUGGAUUUUAUAUGAUCAUUGUCUGUAGGAGAAUGGAGAGAUAG